AAUGUGCAAUAUAAUAUGAAGUAGGUACAUGUAAUUUGAAUUGAAUUUGUACAACUUUUUUUGGUAUUUUUUUUACAAACCUUAUAAAUAUGAAAUAAGGCCACAAACUAUAUUUUGGUGAAAUAUAAUUUUACCAACUCUACCCUAAAUCAAAACCUCAAUAAUUCAAACUAAAGAGGUCAUUUAGUACAUAGAAUAUCGAUAAUAAUUUCAAAAUAAAAUUUAUAAUUAACUUUAUUUCAUGUUUGUUUUGAGAUAUUAGUGAAUCUCAAAAUUAUUUUACCAUAUCAUCUCUAUUGAACAACGAAAUUACCAUGCCAAAAAAGGGUAGUUCGUGCACUAAACUUUCGCUUUGCACAGGGUUCGAGGAAGGGCCUCAUCCCAAGGGUAUAUAUAUUGUACGCAGUUUUACAUUGUAUUUCUGUCAUAGACUGUUUUCAAGAUUCGAAUUCGUAAUCUUUUGAUCACAUGACACCAACUUUACCGAUUAUCAAUUUCAUGAAAUAUUCUUAUUUAUUUCAUUUAAUGUACCCAUAAUAAUCAAAUCAUAGUUAUUUUAGUAACUCAAUAGUCUAUAUUUAGCUAAUUAACCAAAACUACUUGAAAUUACUAAUUAAGAUUAUACCAAAUGUGGCAAAUUCUCACCGCAAGGGGCAAAAUAGUCAUAAAAAUUACCAAACUUCAAAGUGACCAAAUUCUUCACGUCAAUUAUUAAUCAAACUGACCAGAAUCCUAGCUGUCCUUACACGUGUCACUCUGUGAUUGCCUAAAAUAUCCUCAAGAUUCCUUUUUAAUCCCUCGUGAUUUUGACACGUGUCAUAUCAACAAAACGAUGGUCGUUGGAUCAUGACAACUCAAUGUCUAAGUAAAUUGACUAUUUUGCCCUUGAGCCCACUAUAAAAUGACUAUUUUGCCCUUGAACCCAGUAUAAAUUAAUGCAACAACAACAUAUCCAGUGAAAUCUCAUAAGCAAAUUUAUGGAGGGUAUAAGUGUACGCAUACCUUUCCACUAUCUCGUAAAAGGUAGAGAGACUGUUUCCGAAAUAUCCUGACUGAAGUGAGUAAAUUUAUGAUAAUUGCCUAAAAUAUCCUCAAGAUUCCUUUUUAAUCCCUCAUGAUCUAGACACGUGUCAUAUCAACAAAACCAUGGUCGUUGGAUCAUAACAACUCUAUGUCUAGGUAAAAUAACUAUUUUGCCCUUGAACCAACUAUCAAAUUUGUGCUGCAAAAACGUAUUCAGUGAAAUCUCCACAAGUUUUCGCUACCUCGUGAAAGAUAGAAAGACUGUUUUCGAAAGACCUUUAGCGUGAAUAAAUUUACGGUAAUUGCCUAAAAUAUCCUCAAGAUUCCUUUUUAAUCCCUCAUGAUCUAGACACGUGUCAUAUCAACAAAACCAUGGUCGUUGGAUCAUAAAAACUCAUGUCUAGGUAAAAUGACCAUUUUACCCUUCAACCCACUAUAAAUUUAUGCUACUUGCCUUCAUUCAGAAAGAUUAGUGAAACAACAAAAAAGCCCAUUCAUUCUCUUGUUGUUCUCUUUUAUUUUUUUCUUCACCAAACCCUAAAUUAAUUCGAGAAUAAAAUCUCCAAUUUUAUUUUUUUUCUGAGAGGAAAUUUAUCUAGGGAAUGCAGAGAGAUGAGAGGCUCUCGGUUUUCUAAUCCCCUUUUUGGAUUCGGGAAAAUCCAAAAAUCUGUUACCGGCGGCAGAAACUGCCACCGGAAACACGUUGAAGACGGGUGAACCAAUCACCCGUUUUCGCCUUUUUCGUCCUCCAAUCCCCUUUUUUUUUCACAAAAAGACAACCCUUCCCCCCCUCCCUCACAAACCUCUUUUCCAACUCAAAAAGCAAAAAAAAAUAAAUAAAAAAAUACCUUCUAGUCAGUCCCGAAAAGAAUGGCACCAGAAGAAAGAUGUGCAGCUUUGCAUGGAAAAUACGAACUCGGCCGCCUUUUAGGUCACGGAACGUUUGCGAAAGUGUACCAUGCACGUAACGUGCAAAAUGGGAAAAAUGUAGCAAUCAAAGUUGUGGGAAAAGAGAAAGUAAUCAAAGUAGGUAUGAUGGAACAAAUCAAAAGAGAAAUUUCCAUCAUGAAGAUGGUGAAAAAUAUGAAUAUAGUCGAGCUCCACGAAGUCAUGGCAAGUAAAACGAAGAUUUACUUCGCCAUGGAGUACGUUAAGGGAGGUGAACUCUUCGCGAAGAUCGCAAAGGGAAGGCUCAGAGAGGACGUAGCUCGAGGGUAUUUUCAACAAUUGAUAUCCGCCAUCGACUUCUGCCACAGCAGAGGCGUAUACCACCGCGAUUUAAAGCCGGAGAAUCUGUUGCUUGACGAUGCAGGUAACCUUAAAGUUACAGAUUUCGGGUUAAGUGCAUUCACAGAUCACUUAAGACAAGAUGGUUUGUUACACACAACAUGUGGAACACCAGCAUAUGUUGCACCAGAAGUUAUUGGUAAGAAGGGAUAUGAUGGUUCAAAAGCUGAUAUUUGGUCAUGUGGGGUUAUACUUUAUGUGUUGCUAGCUGGUUUUUUACCAUUUCAAGAUGAGAAUAUAAUGGCUAUGUACAAGAAGAUUUAUAGAGGUGACUUCAAAUGUCCACCAUGGUUUUCAUCAGAGUCGAGAAAACUCAUCAUGAAGAUGUUGGAACCGAACCCUAAUUCAAGGAUAACAGCAUCGAAGAUAAUGGAUUCGUCAUGGUUCAAGAAGUCAGUGCCGAAGACAUUAAGGCACAGAGAAGAAGAAGAAGAAUUUGGCUUAGCCUCAGAAAAGGUUAAAGAAGUAGAGACAAUGAAUGCAUUUCACAUCAUUUCGCUAUCUGAGGGUUUUGAUUUAUCACCAUUGUUCGAGGAGAAGAAGAGGGACGAGAAGGAUCAGAUGAGAUUCGCGACUACUAGGUCAGCUAGCAGUGUGAUAUCGAAGCUAGAAGAGGUAGCAAAAACACGAAACUUCAGUGUGAAAAAGAGUGAUUCAUCUGUGAGAUUACAAGGACAAGAGAUUGGGAGGAAAGGCAAAUUGGGAAUUGCUGCUGAUAUAUUUGCUAUAACGAAUUCGUUCGUCGUAGUUGAAGUGAACAAAGCAAGCGGUGAUACGUUGGAAUACAAUCAAUUCUGCAGCAAAGAACUUAGACCUGCAUUAAAGGACAUUGUUUGGACAACAACAAAAUAGAGAAUUGAUCUACACUUGGUUGAAGAUAAAUAAGGUGUAGAUUAUUACUUGGUAAUUUUAUUAGUUUUGAUGUUGUUAAGUAGAUUUUUAUUAAGUAGAGGUUGAAUUCUUAUCAAGAUAAGUUUCUUGAAUUGUGAAUGUAUUUUGUGUUUUUUUGGCAA